CCACCUCCCCCAACUCAAACGACACGGAGCUCUGCUCUCUAAAUAAAAUAAAAUAAAAUUCCACGGGCCGCUUCCUCCCUUCCGCCGGCCGCUCUCCCACGAAUCUCUCCACGACCCCGCGGCCAUGGCGUGGGGGCUGCUCCUGCAGCCUGCAGGGGCCGCCUCCGCCUUGUGUCCGUACCUCCUCCUCCCGGCCCCGGCUCCUCGUCGGAGCUUCCCCAACAAGGUGCAGCUAAAUCAAGUUCGAUGCAUGAAUCAGUUAUGCUGGAAGCUACCUUUGAGUGCUGUUGAGUCACACAGAUCAAGGAACCUGAUUGGUUGCUUACAUUCAGACUCAACUGCAGAAGUAGCGGGAGUGAGCAGACCUGCAGAUGUCUUCGCUGCUCUGAGUGAUCAAUCCAUGACGUGUUGCGUGGAUUCGGUCCCAGGUGUGCUUAUUGUUAUUUCUGGCUAUUGGACUGGGCCCGAUGCGGAUGAUGGUUCUGGUAGUGUUGAGGCCAUGAUCCAAAGAAUUGCAUGAUGUUUGCCAUUGUGGUUAACUAUGGUUAUUUUUUCUUGCAUCUGAAGAUAACCUGUAUUAAAGCAUCAACUGGACUGUAUAUGGCUAUACCUUUGUUCAUUAAGAUCUGUAUUUAUUCCCUGGGUUUAUAAGUUGUUGUAUUUGCUCUUGCAUCGCUGUUUUCAGUGCACCCAAAGCAAAAUCCUAGAAAUCCUCUCUUUAGUUCAGAAAAAAAAACAAUAAUGGACCUGCAUUGGUUUAUUUUGGUUGCCCCCCAAAUUAGAAGGAUGUACAUUAAUCAGACACCCUUCACGACAUCUUGCUUGACAAAAGAAUAUUAGACAAUCAUGUUAUUGAUAUCUUUCAUGUCCGUCUAUGCAUCCUGUUGAAGUGUAGUUAGUAACUGUGAGACCGACACAUCAAUGUUUGAAUAUCAUGUCAGGUAUCUGAUGCACAGGUUUAGAAAUCCUCCAUUAAUUACAACAGCUCUAUUCCUCCAUUCAGAAUCUUUGUAUGAUAUUUAUGUCAUUCAUUCUUUAAAAAAACAACAUUAAUUCAUGUAAGGAUAUAAUCGACUCCUCCAGUAGAACUUUUGAACUUUGAGAUUUGGGCAUACUGGCAUCGUGCUUGCAGGUUCAGGGCAUCAUCCAAUCCUUAUGCUAAAACAGCAAAUAGUGUCAGGCAUUUGGUGUAAGUUGGGGGAAUAAUUUUUCAAAGGGAAAUGUGUUAGUACUUAUUAGUAUACCCUAAAUGUUAAGUAAGAAAAAUCAGAUCAGAUGCUGGUGAGAAGAUUCGAGUAUAGCGUCAUCCAUUUCUUAUAUAGAUCUGUUCUUCAUCGACAGGUCCAUGGUUAUGAUUGCACUUCUAUUCCAAUUAGCUGGAAAAGUGCAUGUAGGUUUCAUUUAAUCUGGGAAGGAAUAAACUUGUGCGAGAGAACUAGCACACUCUUUUAAGAGAAGCUGCUUACUCGUCUUAUACAAUUCUUGCAACAAAUUAUCGAUGAUGCCUGUAUUCGUUGCAAUUCCACUUGAACAACACGAUUCCCUUAUUAGCAUCCCAUAUGAUGUUCCCUGAUGCUUCACUCUCCAGGAACAACUAAUGAUCAAUCAGGAGACAGUUGAAGCGUAGACCGAUCCACCGCUUCAACUGCUCCAGCUCCUGAUGAUGAUCCAACCAAGCAUGGAUUGAAGUCGAAGAAUCAAUUCCUUCCAAUCAUAUCACUCAGCAAAGGUUCUAUCAUAUCCCAGUCCACUUAACCACAUGCUCGCUUUGGCAUAUAUUUCUUGUAUAACCAUGCGCUUUAAGCCAUUCGACUCAUCGUGUGGACUCAGUAUUUUUUUAUCCUUUAGAUGUACAAUAGUAAAAUGUGAAAAGUUAUAAGGCCAGCCUCAGCCAAACCUAACAUACCGAAGCCGGAUUAUAACUUGAAGGAUCUUGGUACCAACUUGCACCCAAGCAAUCCCCAAGGCACAUUUGUUACCCAAAAGAUCUCAAUAAGAAAGAGAGGCCACUUUGAGUCUUUCUUAGCACUAUAGCCACUUCCAAUGCCACAUUCGAAGGUUGAUCAGUAAAGCAGCUCGAAAGAAAAUGGUAGACACCCAAAACUCGCAUCUUUCAUCAACAAGGAAAGGCGAAUAAACCAUAGAGAAAGGAUGAGCUUCGCCAGACAAAGAUAUGGUCUCAUAUUCUGAUCAAGCUGAACCGCACCAUCUGGUAGAAUAGAGCAAGCUUUAGACAGACCAUGAUUGCACUCCACUGGAGCAUUGAUCCUUCAAGCUGCUGAGCAUCAGAUGCCACCCAUAACCUAUUCUAGUCCCAGCCAAACCUAGAUAAUUAUUGAGCUGCAACCUAUGUCCCAAUCAAGGGCUGAUAAGAUGUGUAUAUAUGUAUGUGAGGAUCUGUCUGUUUUUCAUUGGAUGCCUUAGAUCAGUCAUUAGGUUUGAACUGGUGAGAGCUUUCUACUUAAACCUGAAAUUUAGCGCAAUCCUCAAUGAAGCUGGCAGUCUUGUGCCACUUGUGAAAAAAAAAAACCAUGUGCUACAUGUUAUUAUUAGAUGGCAUGACACAAUCCCACCAGCUUUUGUGUACCUAGCUCCUUUGGUGGCCGGCGAUUUAGCAUAACGUUGGGUCAGUGAAACCAGAAGCAUUCCAUUUCAAAAAUAGAAAAGAAGAAGAAGAAAUUGUAUACCCAGGAGUUAUUCAAAAUUUGAAAUGCAGGAGUUCAAUUGUCGCGGCGAUCAGGAAAAUAUCCACGCAUUCCUCCUAAUUAAACAUGGAAAUUAUAGUAGUUGGAAUCUCACCAUGACUACCGAUGGCGCCCCUUCAGUCCACCAGCUAUAUAUAAGCAAGCUGAAUAACUCCUCCUGUUAUUAAGCCACCACCAUCACACAGUUAUUAAGCCAGCACAGCGCAGAGAGUUGAGCAUGGCGUACAGGGUGCUGGAGGUGACCCUCCUGUCGGCCAGGGACCUCAAGAGGGUGAACCUGUUCUCGCGCAUGGAGGUGUACGCCGUGGUGACCAUCUCCGGCGACCCGCUGACGCGGCAGUGCACCCAGCCGGACCCCUACGGCGGGCGCCACCCGUCGUGGAACACCUCGUUCCGGUUCAACGUUCCGGCCACCGCCGCGACGGCCACCGGGUGCCUCCACGUGCUCCUGCGCACCGAGCGCGCCCUGGGCGACCGCGACGUCGGCGAGGUCAUCGUGCCCCUCGCCGACAUCCUCACCGGCGGCGGCGCCGCGUGCGACCCCGGCCCCCGGCCGCCGCAGCUCGCGUCGUACCAGGUCCGCAAGCUGCACCGGUGCGAGCCGCGCGGGAUGCUCAACGUGUCGUACCGCCUGGGCCCCGUCGUCGCCCCGCAGGCGAGAGCCGACGAGGCGGCCGUCCCCUACGUGGGGUUCCCGGUGGCGCGGUCGCCGUUCUACGCCCCGUCUUAUGCCUACCUUCCCGCGCCGGGACCGGCGCCGGCGUCGCUGUCGCUUCCGCCGCCUCCUCAUCCGCAAGCUGCCGGCGGCCACGACGCCGCCAUGGCCGUGCAGCCACCUGCACCUUCUGCGGGGGCGAUCAGCGCCUACAACUUGCCUGCCGCCGGGCAUGCAGCGGCGGCGGCAUCGCCGACGAAGCGAAACGGUGGCGGCGACAGGAUGGACUUCGGGGUGGGGCUCGGCGCCGGACUGGUGAGCGGCGCGAUCAGCGGGAUGCUGGCGGGCGACAUGAUGAUGUCGGAGGCGGCGGCCUACAACUACGGUUACCGCGCCGGGUUGGCGGACGGCGGAGCCGGGGCGCCGACCGUGUACAAGAAGAGCUCUCACGCUCACGGCAAAGUUGAAGGAAAUCUGACGGUGGUGUGAUACGAAUACGAUGAUCCCGUGCAUCGAUCGAACUGCGCGUGACGUGUUGGUUUGCGCACAUGCAUGUACUGCACUGUACUCCGUACUGCAUUAGAGACGUACUACUGUAUGAUGAUGGACAUGUAGUAGACACGUACUUAUACUAAUUAAUAAGGACAGUAAUCAGUCCUGGA